AUGUCACAUACGGCGGAUGUUCCGCUGGAAGCGCCAACGAUGAUUCGGCUCGCAUCGGCGGCGGUAAUGACGCAACUCGAGAAUGAUGAAUUCAUGGAGACCGUCGUGCUUCCGACGCCGCUCAGCGAGGAGCUAUUCGGCCGAUUUCGUGACAAAUGGAAUUAUUAUAAUCAGCAUGGCGCUCAACACGUGGAGCGUUUAGGACCGCCUGAUGGUCAGGAGAGAGUCGAUCAGGGGAAUUUGGAUAUGAUCCGACAAGUGUUCAGAGUUUGGUCAGAUUCUACAAGAUUGCCGCUGCAGAAACUGGAUUUGACAGGAGCGACGAUCGAUGACCAAAUAUUCGUCGACCUCCUUCAUGCUCACGCCCCCAACAUCACAGAACUCGACCUGACGAAUGUUACAGGUGUUACCGAUCUCGCAAACGCUUAUCUCUACGCAAGAAGCACAAAUUUCCCAACGCUCACAUCGAUUCGAAUGACAUCUAUGGAGCUGGUGACCGGACAUCAACCUAGAAGGAAAAACGGAAUCGCAACAACAGAAUUCCGUUCUCUGUUCAUGUUGGGAGAAGAAGCUCUCGCUGAGGCUCGUGGUCCUAUCGAGCGUGACGGCAUCCGUUCCCCACUAUCCCCUAGCUCCAUGGACAUUCAGGAGGAAGAGGAUAUGCUGAUACACGAGCAACCAGUGAACCCUCCGCUUAUAACCGCACGCGCACCCAACGUCCGUCGUUUGUUCCUACCACGAACACCAAAUAAACGAAGUACGAUUGACGAGGAAGAGCAGAAUACUCAUGUCAUUUUAAGCAAAAUUUUAUCACCACUUCAAAAACUCGAAGUUCUGGAUUUAUCGUAUUGGAGCAAAACUGAUGAUAUGCGAUGUUUGAUGCCAUUGUCAAACACGUUGACCUGCUUAGUCCUCUACGAAGUGCCAGAUCUCUAUCAUGCGAUUCCAAGUAUUUGUCAGAUGACAGAACUUCAAGUUUUGGAUAUAUCCCAGUCUAAUAAGGACACAGGAACCUAUCCAAAUCCAGUGACGACUCUUAAUAAAAUCAUUGUAAGCCUCAAAAAGCUGACUCAUCUGGAUAUCUCAUCAACCAACUUGGCGACCCAACCAUCAUCCCAUGACAAUCCAGCGAGGUACCGGGAAUCAGUUCGAACCGAUAUUUGCGGUCUUCAAUCACUAGUCAAACCAUUGAAAUAUUUGGGAUUAUUCAAUUGUGAAAGUGCCAGUCAUGUUCGGGAGAUUCCCGCGGAAGUUGUAUCGGGAGACGCUAACGAGGAUCAAGUUAUCACAUCGUUGAAAAUGUACAAAGAUCGUGCUGGUCUACUGCAGAAUGUGUUGAACGAGAGCUAUCAAUUGUACAGAUUUGGGAAUAGCAAUCCGUUGACCCGCCACACCGAAGCACUCCAUCUGGUCCUGGAAGCCAUGCACCGACACCUGGCAGACAGCACUCUCCAAAUCGCCGGAUCCGCCUCCCUUUUCUACAUCAUCAGAAAAGUCGACAUGAAUCGAGACACGAAACGACGUGUGGUGUCGGCGUUGCUCAGCGGAAUGGAAGUACAUAUGGAGGAGCAGGUGAUGGUCCGAAAUUGCUGUCUCUCGUUGUGCCAAUUUGAAAUUCCACAGGAUAUAUUGUUUGAUUAUAGCCGCCUUGCCGUCCUCCUCGUCUCUGUCCUUCAACACCAUAACGCUGACAAUUUGACACAGAGAAUCGUGGUAUUCUUGUUGAAUUCGAUGGCGUGCCACGUGGAAGGAGAUCAGAAGGUGCAAGUGGGAAGCUACGGUGCUAUUGAGAUGAUCCUGGACCAAAUCAGUCGAAAACACACGGCCAACAUUUGUGACGAUGUGAUGGAAGUUGGAUGGAGUUUUCUAUGGAAUAUCACUGACGAAACGCCAGUCAACUGUGAACUGUUCCUCAACGCAAAUGGCUUGGAUCUAUUCCAAAAGUGUUAUGAAGCUUUUAAAACUGAACGAGAACUCGUUCGAAACAUGAUGGGACUCAUUGGAAACAUUGCUGAGGUUGAUGCGUUGAGAAGUCAGCUCAUGAAGGAUGACUAUGUGAAUAUAUUCUGCGCAUUGCUCACUUCUCAAGAGGAAUCCAUCGAGAUUAGCUAUAAUUCUGCUGGAGUGCUUGCUCAUAUGGUCAGCGAUGGAGAAGAGGUUUGGGAGAAGCUGACAGUGUGCAGACAGGAGGUAAUGAGGAAGAUUGUGGAGGCAACAUCCACGUGGAAGCUGGCUACUCGUCGAUUCAUAAACUAUCGAUCGUUCCGUCCGAUUCUUCGACUGCUGCCCUUGUAUCAUGCCUACGCUAGUCAGCAUUGGGCCGUAUGGGCUUUGGCUAACUUGACGACUACCGAUGGAGAAAAGUGGGUUUUAAGAAUUUUUUUUCAUUCGAAAAAAUUUUUCAUAAAUAUUUUUUCCAGAUACUGUGCCUAUGUCCGUGACGAGGGAGGUGUCCCAUUGUUACAAGAACUGGUUUCCAACCCAAUUACGACUCAAGACAUUCGCCAUCUUGCCAAUACAGUACUCGAUAAUAUACGGGCGGUGGAGAUGAAACGAAUCAAUCCGAAUUGGCGUCCCGAUGCUCACCCCACGACAACGUCUCCAGUGUUCAGACCCAGCUACGUGUCAGAUGUGGAAGAGGAGGAAGAGGGAGAGGCGAUGGAGGAGGAGCAACAGGAGGACUACAUAAAUGUCGAUUUCGACGACGUCGCUGUUCCCAUGGAGUACUGA